AAGUUACGGUAAAUUGGGCGGGCGGUUGUGACUACGGUCACGGACGUUGGCGUGAACUUUGCCGGUGUGGAACUAUCCCUGGACCCUAAUCGUCUACUCUGUUACAUUGUCAGAGUAUGGGCAGUGUGUUGGCUGCCGCCUCCCCCAGUCCAGCUCCUGCUGCAGCUGGAGGUGGUCAAGGGGUCCCAGGGUUGGUGUCGGUCCCUCCCGGGUUCACUAUGCCACCUGUGUCUUCCGUCCCUCCAACAUCUGAAUCUGGUCAGCAGACAGCAGAGACGGAUUCUCAACUCCCAAAUCCAGGCACAUAUGAGGAAUGUCACCGGAAAUGUAAAGAGGUAUUUCCUCUGCAAAUGGAAGGGGUGCGGUUAGUGGUAAACAAGGGCCUGAGUAACCACUUCCAGGUCAGCCAUACUAUCACCCUCAGCACCCUGGGAGAUUCUGGCUAUCGAUUUGGUUCCACUUAUGUUGGCAGUAAACAAACCGGACCAGCAGAGUCAUUUCCAGUCAUGGUGGGCGAUAUGGACAACACUGGCAGUCUGAACGCCCAGAUCAUCCACCAGCUUACAAAUACUGUACGCUCCAAAAUAGCCAUCCAGACUCAGCAGCAUAAGUUUGUAAAUUGGCAGUGUGACAUGGAGUAUCGUGGUCAGGACUUCACCUCUGCUGUGACACUUGGAAAUCCAGAUGUUCUUGUUGGAUCAGGCAUUGUGGUUGCCCACUAUCUCCAGUCAAUCACACCUGCACUGGCUCUGGGUGGAGAGUUGGUAUAUCACAGGAGACCUGGAGAAGAGGGAACUGUGUCCUCCUUCUUGGGCAGGUACACAGGUGAGAAGUUUGUUGCAACUUUAACUUUAGGAGGUGCAGGAGCUCAUGCUACAUACUAUCACAAAGCCAAUGACCAGCUGCAGGUAGGGGUUGAAUUUGAAGCCAGCACAAGGAUGCAAGACACCACGGCAUCCUUUGGUUACCAGCUGGACCUCCCUAAAGCUAAUUUGCUUUUUAAAGGCACAGUUGAUAGCAACUGGGUAGUUGGGGCAACCCUUGAAAAGAAACUGGUGCCGCUGCCUCUCACACUGGCCCUGGGGGCUUUCCUGAACCACCGCAAGAACAAGUUCCAGUGCGGCUUUGGUGUCACCAUUGGCUAAAGGUGCACAUGCUGCCUGGAACCAGCUCACAGGCCACAGCUUGGACUGGCACAGGGACACACAGGAACCUGAACUAAGUUUUAGGAAUUGGAUUCUAAGACUCUCUUACAGCUGUGAUAUUUGGAUCUGACAGAGAGACAAAGACAACGAUCAAGGAGCCAGGACUGACCAAGCCAUGCCUACAUACUGUAGCACAAAUGUCUUUGCUGUAUGGUGUAUUGGAUAUACCCAGUGGCUAGAGUGAUGUAUAUCAGAAGGCUUCAGGUGACGCAUGAGAACAUGUGAUGUGAAAAUUUAAGUGGUAAGACAUAAUAUAUGGUGAUCAUGUAUGGAUUGAAAUAAAUGUGAUUACAUUUUGUACAA